CGGUUUAUUACGGUUUAUUUACUGUAAAAGAAAUAGAUAAGUAAAUAAAAGUUAGUGGACUAAAUCAAUUAGAUGAAAGUUACAUACGCACCGUUAAAUUAUUUUCAAAAUGGCUGCUGCUGGACGUGGUAGGGGCCGGGGACGAGGUUUAUUAGCUAGAGAACUGCCAGAAGAUGCCCAAACACGGCCUGGAAGUAUUGCAUCAGAAGAUCCUAAGGUGUCGGAAAAUGGUGUAGAAGUGAAGAAAGAAGGAACAUCAAAACAAGACAGUCUUCUAGAAUUACAACAUAUUCUUAAUAAUCUAACUCUAGAUGUUAGUGACCAUGAUCUAAACGAGUUGUAUCAGUUAGCCGAAUCUGCUUCUUUUAACACAGACAAUGAUAUAAAACUAUGGAGUUUUGCUAAAACCGGAGCUUUUAUAUGUGAAAAACUUGCAUCGUUGGAGGUUAAUGGAACAAAGUUUAGAUCUUUGUUGCUUUCAAUGAUUCAAGCAGAUUAUAAAGAUAAAGACAGUCUCCGUUCAAAAUCAGUAUCAAAAUUUUUAAACAUUUUAAGUUUUAUGUGUCAAGUAUUUGGCACAAUGAGGACAGCAGGUGGAGAAGUAUUUAAACCUCUAGUCUCACCACUGUACGAGUGUUUUUUACAGUCAAUUGGAAGAGAUCUAGAACAAAGUGACAGAGAUAAAAUGGAACAAAUGAUGUUUAAAAUCAGGUCAAAGGUCAUUAGGAAUGGGUAA